CCUCAGAGCGCGCCGCCAUUUUGUCGCCGUAUAAGAAAACUCCGCCAAGCCACAAAGUUCCUGCUUAGAGCUCAAGUUCCUCUUUGUGCAAUGGACGGCCGCCUAGAGACUGACUUGUAUCCUAUGGGAUCGAGUUACGCAGAAUUAGACGUUGUCCAUGAUAUUGCAGUUGGAACAAAGAGAGGAUCUGACGAACUUUUCUCCUGUGUUUCCAACGGGCCUUAUAUCAUGAGUUCAGCAGCUAAUGGUAAUGACAGCAAGAAGUUCAAAGGUGAUAUCAGAAGUCCUGGUAUUCCAUCCCGAGUCAUACAUGUGCGCAAGCUCCCCAGUGAUAUUAAUGAAGCUGAGGUCAUAUCUCUAGGCCUUCCCUUUGGCAAAGUCACUAACCUGCUCAUGCUGAAAGGAAAGAACCAGGCUUUCCUGGAGAUGAAUACCGAGGAGGCAGCCCAGACUAUGGUCAGCUAUUACUCCUCAGUCACACCAGUUAUCAGGAAUCAUCCCAUCUUUAUGCAGUACUCCAACCACAAGGAGCUGAAAACGGACAACUCUCCAAACCAAGUGAGAGCACAGGCAGCACUGCAGGCUGUAAAUGCAGUCCAGACAGGUGGCAUGUCCCUGGCUGGUGUAGAAGCAGGCAGUGUGGGUGGCCCAAGCCCCGUCCUCAGGGUGGUGGUGGAGAACCUCUUCUACCCAGUCACACUGGAUGUUCUGCACCAGAUCUUUUCCAAGUUUGGCACGGUUCUGAAAGUGAUUACUUUUACCAAGAACAACCAGUUCCAAGCUCUUCUGCAGUUUGCUGAUGGUCUUACUGCUCAGCAUGCAAAGCUGGCUCUGGAUGGACAAAACAUCUACAAUGCAUGUUGCACUCUGCGCAUCAGUUUUUCCAAGCUCACCAGUUUGAACGUAAAGUACAACAACGACAAGAGUCGGGACUACACACGGCCUGACCUGCCUUCGGGAGACGGCCAGCCUGCGCUUGAUCACCAUGCGAUGGCAACAGCUGCGUUUGCUACUCCUGGGAUUAUUUCUGCUGCUCCGUAUGCCAGUGCCCAUGCCUUCCCCCCAGCUUUUGCCAUUCAGCAGGCUGCAGGCUUGACCAUGCCAGGUGUUCCUGGAGCCCUGGCCUCUUUAGCCAUUCCCAGCGCAGCAGCUGCGGCUGCUGCAGCGGCAGGCAGGCUGGGUUUCCCAACUCUUCCUGCUGGCCACUGUGUUAUGCUAGUCAGCAACUUGAAUCCUGAGAGAGUUACGCCCCAAUGCCUCUUUAUUCUUUUCGGCGUAUAUGGUGAUGUGAUAAGAGUAAAAAUCAUGUUCAACAAAAAGGAGAAUGCCCUUAUCCAAAUGUCUGAUGGCACUCAGGCUCAGCUAGCUAUGAGCCACUUGAAUGGACAGAAGCUGUAUGGACGGGCGCUGCGCAUCACUUUGUCCAAACACACAACUGUUCAGCUGCCACGUGAGGGACAUGAGGAUCAAGGCCUCACUAAGGAUUACAGUAACUCUCCUCUUCAUCGUUUUAAGAAGCCUGGCUCCAAAAACUACUCGAACAUCUUCCCACCUUCCUCAACACUGCACCUCUCUAACAUCCCCCCUUCAGUUGUUGAAGAUGAUCUGAAGAUGCUUUUUGCCAGCUCAGGUGCUGUGGUCAAGAACUUUAAGUUCUUUCAGAAAGACCGCAAGAUGGCUCUGAUUCAGAUGGGUUCAGUGGAGGAAGCCAUCGAGACCCUUAUUGAGUUCCACAACCAUGAUCUUGGUGAGAACCACCAUCUUAGAGUGUCCUUCUCCAAGUCCACUAUUUGAACAGGUUAAGUGACUGCAGCUGGAAUGAGUCAUUUAAAGACGUAAAGUUGAGCUGACUUCUCGAAAGCCUCAACCCCAAAACUUUCAUCAUUCCACUAUUGUAUUUAUGAGUAAUAUCUAGUCCAUGUAACAUUUUUAAUUUUUUUUAAAUGCCUGUAAGGAUUUUUUUUUUGGUCGUCUCUGUAAUCACACCUCUUGAGCCUUUAAGUUUCAGACUUCCUUUUGCAUUGGUGGACCCUUGCCUUGAAAUUGCUGCUCCUGUGUGCACCUCCCCCCAGUAGUACUUCUUGUGCCUUACAUUAUCUUGCAGUUAAGUGCUUUCUGAUACCAGACAACAUUGGUAUCAAUGUUUGUAAAGACUUUAGUUUACAAUCCAUAUGUCCUUGUGUAGCUGAAUUGAGGGGUUGGUUUUGUUUCCUACAGCUCCAGGGCUUUUUGAUAAAUCCUUGCCUUAAGGCCAGUUCUAUUUUUCUUUCUACAUUCCCAGUAGCUUUGAGUCUUAUCACUUACUGUAACAAUAGACAUAGACUGUUUACAUUCCUUUUUUAUUUAAUGCAAUAAUUGUGUACAAAUCAAAUAUUGUAAGUGUUUUUGAUGCUGUUGGCCAUUGCAUGUUGGCCUUUGGUCAGUGGCUCUCACUUCUUUGCCUAUACAAUGUGUUCUGUACUUUUUUCAUAGACCCUAAGUAUUGCCUUAAUGUAUCACAAGGCAUUGUUUUGUAACUAUUCUAUUGUAAUGCCUGAUAUGGCAUGUUGAUUUUUUUUUUUUUUUUUUUUUAAAUAUGUACACUACAGCUUGAAACCAAAGCCUCUAGUCUCAUGACUGAAAGCUGAAAUAUCUAUUCCUCCCAAUUAGAUCUGGCCAGAUAGAAAUAUAGAAGUGUUUAAUGUUGGGUUGGUGGGUGGGGUUUAAGUGUUGAAUGACUUGCUUUUAGGGUUAGUUACUAAUUGGUAAGAGAAACGGUUAUUUUGCUUACUGCAUGAAGUAAGUCAGCUCCUUUCUUUUCGUACGGCUAAGAUUGUCUUGCUGUCCUGCAAUCUGUAUCAUAUUUGCAUGCCUUUCAAUUGGAAAGGGUUUUUUUUUUUUUUUGGGGGGGGGGGGGAGACUUUCAUAACCAUGUUUUAGAUUGCAUGGGACCAGUGUCCUUUAUCUUCCAGAUAAAGGGUUUUGUUAUGGGGUUUUUUUUUUUUUUUUUUUUUUUGGAGAACCUUGAGCAUUCCACAGCAGAUUUCCCAAUCGUCUUUUUUUAAAUGAAAGUAAUGUGGCCAGUUGCCAUGUUUUGGAAGAACAGAAUCCAGUCUCUCAGAUGGCAGGGUUUUAUGCAUCUGCACAGCAUUUGCCUUUUUAAUUGAUUUUUUUCUCUUUUCCAAGUGGAUAGAUGAGGUGUAAAUACUAUUUUUAUACCACAAUGUUAAGCAAUAGGUUUUUAUAUCUGAAAGCGAAUGUAUAUUUUGACUACAAUAAUGGACCAUGAGCAUGCAAAAAAUUGGACUUGGUAGGCUUAUACAGACUUUCUUCCAAAUUUAGUGUUUUCUUUAACAGUCCUUCAAAUAGAGAUUGCACUUUUCUAUUUAUCUUCAUUAAACAUUUGUUUACUGGGA